CACAGCUCGUUACAGAAGUCGAAAAGCAGUCAGAAUUGUGUGCGGCUCCGAUGGCGCUGGGACUGGUCGGGACGUUUCUCCUGGUCUCCUGUAUCACUGCCCUGCUUUACCUGAUCGCAUGGAGGGGCAAAAAGAAGCCGGGAAACCUGCCCCCAGGACCCACCCCACUGCCCCUGCUGGGGCAUAUUCUACAGAUCAGCCUCACAGAAGUCCCCCGACAGCUGGUUAAGCUCAGCCAGACAUACGGACCCGUGUACACGCUCCGCUUUAUGGGACAUGAUGUGGUGGUGCUGAUCGGUUACGACGCUGUGAAAGAAGCUCUCGUGGAUCACGGCGAUGUGUUUAACGACCGCGGCAACAUGACUGUGACCGAUCAGUUUUUCAAAAAUAGCGGGAUUCUCACGAGCAACGGAGGAAGGUGGAAAGCGAUGCGAAGGUUCACUCUGAUGACCUUGCGGGAUUUCGGGAUGGGGAAACAGAGCCUCGAGGAGCGAAUCCAGGAAGAGGCGCGAUGUCUUGCGGAGGAAUUUGCGAAGAACAAAGAGAGUCCGUUCGACCCGAUUAACCUGCUGGAACAGGCCGUCUCCAACAUCAUCUGCUCCGUCGUGUUUGGCGAGAGGUUUGCCUACGAAGACACGCAUUUUAAGAGCCUUCUGAGCUACAUCAGAGGGAUCGUCCAACAGCUGAAUUCCCUCUCUGGUCAGUUACUUCAGAUGUUCCCAGGUGUUCUCUGCCGGAUUCCUGGACCUCAUCAGAAAUUGUUUGUGAAUUUCGCAAAGAUCGAAGAGUUUGUGGCGGACGCGGUGAAGACCCACCGAGAGACGCUGGAUGCAAGCUGUCCGCGGGACCUCAUAGACUGCUUCCUCAUCAGGAUGGAGGAGGACAAAAAUAAUCCCAACACAGAAUUCCACGAAGACAACCUACUGGGAACGAUAAGAGAUCUGUUUUUUGGUGGGACGGAGACCACCAGCCUGACCCUGAGAUAUGCAUUCCUGAUUCUUUUGAAAUAUCCAGAGAUACAAGAGAAGAUCCAGGAGGAGAUUGAUAAUGUCAUAGGCCAGAAUCGCUGUCCGUCAGUGAAGGAUCGGAGCAAAAUGCCCUACACGGACGCCGUGGUCCACGAGAUUCAGAGAUUUGCUGACAUCCUCCCCGCUGGAAUACCCCGCGAGGCCAGCAGAGACACGACCUUCAGAGGAUAUCACAUCCCCAAGGGAACUUGGGUUUCCCCAGUCCUGACCUCCGUUUUAAAGGACCCCAAGUACUUUAAAAACCCCGAACAGUUUGAUCCCGGUCACUUUCUGGAUGAGGACGGACAAUUUAAAAAAAACGAUGCCUUCCUGCCAUUCUCUGCAGGUAAACGAAUGUGCGCGGGGGAAGGGCUGGCUCGUAUGGAGCUCUUCCUCUUCUUCACCGCCAUCUUACAGAAGUUCGCCCUGAAGCCAACAGUGAAGACAGAAGACAUCGAGAUCACCCCAGAGCCGAACACCAAUGCUUCAAGGCCACGUCUCUACCAGAUGUACGCCGUGCCGCGCGUGUGACUCUGGUACAUGCUUAGUAAACCGUUACGUUCCUCCUCAGAGACACAUUAUGAAGCAGUUUGUUCUCCUUGGUAGAUGUGGAGGUGAUUGUCUAAUGAGGGUCCUUCAUAAACAUUAAAUACUUUUAGACUGUUAA